AAAUGCUUUGAAUCGCGCUUACUUUACGAAAUAAAUAUGCAAUCUUAUUUGUUUAAACAUAUGUUUUUAACAAUCAGGUGUUUUGUUCAGAUGUUAUAAUUACAGAUGUGUUUUAUAUAUGUUAAAUAAAAUGAAAUAAUCGAAAUAAAAAAGAAAAUGAGUCAAAACGAAUCAGAGAAGAAUCGUGAGCAUAAAAGUUGUUAACGAUUUGAACGAUGAAGAUGUGUAAAUUAUUUACGGUUUCAAUAAAAACGAACAAAUAUGCAAAGUGUGCUGCGUGCUCUAGUCUGUUUGCAUACUAAAACAUAUACACGGGCAAGCGUAUAAUUUAAUUUUUUUACAUUCGAAAUUAUAUUCAAUAUUUUUACUUUGAUUGAACUUAUUGAGCCUGUGAAUUAAGUUUAGAAGGAUUUUAUAAAAUUCUCUUCGCUAAAGUUCGAAUUUAUUUGUGUAAAGAAUGUGAUGAAGAAUAUUAAAGAAUUAUAAAAAAUAUUUUCGUAAAACCUGUAAAAAAAAAAAAAAAAAAAACAAACACAAACGUUUCAUAAUAUUUUAACAAGUGAAAAUUGUGGAUCAUGCAUAAAAUGCUUUAAUACUUAUAUGUAUCAAUUGAUGAGUCAGAAAUUGAAUAAAAAUAUUUGAAAAAUUCCUAAAAAUGCUUAAUUCAGUUGAUUAUCAUAAAGUGGUGGUGCAACAACAACAAAAACUAAACAAGAAAUAAAGAGAAAAUUUUUGUUAAAAAGAAUAAAAAAAAAAACAGCAGCAAAAAAAUUCCAAUUGGAGCGCAGCUGUGACUUGGAAUUGUAGUAUGUAUUUUUCAGUUCGCUUUUCUUUCUUUUGUUUGGUGUUUAUCUUCUCCUGAAUUCCGACAGUAGAAUGCAAAAAACAACACAACCGUAGUAAACAUUCUAUUUAUUCGUUUUGAGGAGAGUGAGAGAGUAAAAGAAGAGGACGAAGACUGAGAGAGAGAGAGAGAGAGAGAGAGAGAGUAACAGCUACAAGAGAGAUAUAUAUUAAAUUGGUUAUAUAUAUAUAUACAUAUAUAUGUAUAUGAUGAAUGCACUGGUAUAGAUAGAUGAGAGAAAACGUAAAUGUGUGUGUUAAGUGCCUGAACGUGUAUGCGUUGUGUGUAAUUAAUUGAAAAACAGCUUGGUGAAGAAGAAGCAAAAUUGAAAAAGUAAAUAUAGUAAGUGAGUGGGAGCGGUUGCGGAGUCUCUUUCCAUUAAAAAAAGUACAAAAUGAUAUAAAAGAAUACACAUAAGUGUACGACAUUCAUUAAAAAAGAAAUUAGAUUUGUCGCGGGUUAAAAAGCAAAAAGGAACAAAAAAAAAAAACACGAAAAGAAAGGAAACUUUCUGCUCUGAUUUUUUUCUACAAUUGAUGCCAACACACAGCAAAUAUCUAAUAUCAAACAACAACAACAACAAUAAUAAUAACAAAAUUUCUUAAAAAUUUCUUUUACAAAAAAUGACUUCACCCGAAGAAAGAAUCCCAGCACAUGGAUCCCUGAUGUAUAUUUUUGGACGCUACAGGAAGAACGAUACACUUGCGAACGAUAUUUCGCGUGAUUCCACUGCUACUGCAAGCGAUAGAUUGCAUAUAACAACACCGGGCACACUGGAUUUUAGUCGUUUACAAGCAUCACCAGUAGAUUUAGAUCAACAAAUUUUAGAGUUGAAAAAGAAACAAGAAUUACAAAAACAAAUGCUAUUGCACACAUUUCAGGAGAAAAGCAAACAAAUGGAACUGCAACACAAAUUACAAUUGGAAAAUAAAUUUCAUUAUGCGGUGCAUUCACAUGGCGCUUUCCAGGAAUUGCAAGAACAAAGAAUUGCAGCAGCCGCUGCUGUCGCUGCUGCUGCUGCUGAAGAACAGCAGCAACGCGAGAGACGGGAACGAGAAGUGGUUAAACGGAAAGAGAACAGUGCAAAUGCCAGCCCCGAAGUUAAACAAAUCUUAAAUUGUUUCAUAUUAAGUCGCAAACAAGCCGCCAACAAUUCAAAUGGCAUGUCAAAUACUUCACCGUAUCGGAUAAAUCAUCCCAGAAGUGUGGUAAAGAGUUCUUCGGGCGAAUCGAUCCCGUCCGGCGCUGUUGCAAGUUCUCAUCCAUAUAAGAUACCUCAGCCACCGCCCUCGACAUUGCUUAAAUAUGAAUCGGAUUUCCCUUUACGAAAAACUGCAUCCGAACCAAACUUAUUGAAGAUGCGUUUAAAACAAAGUGUUAUAGAACGUAAAGCCCGAAUAUGCGGACCAGCCGGUUUUCGAAGGCAUGAACGUUUAUUACAUGCGGCCCAACGACGUCAACAGAAACAGAAUUCCGCCUUAACAAAUUGUAAUAGUACCUCCGAUUCUGGACCCAAUUCACCGCCUGCAUCUAGUCUUUCAGCUGCCAACGUUGUGGGCGCAAAUCGUGGUUCGCCUACCAGUGCUCCUAUACAAGAAGAGAAUGAAGACGGCAGUCAAUAUCAGCCUGGUCAGCGCAGCAGCAUUAAUGAUUUGUCAUUGUUUAGUUCACCUUCCAUGCCGAACAUAUCCCUGGGCCGUCCUCAUUUGCCAAAUGCUCAUAAUAAUACGGCUGCCAAUUAUGCGAUGCUGGCGGCUUUGCGUCAACAUGUUAACUCUAUUCCGCCAACAGUGGCCAAUACGGGUCCUCCAACUUAUUACAAUCCUUUAGCAGUACCAUUUGGACGGCAACCAGUGCCACCACCUGGUGUUAUGAUACCUCCAUCUGGGAGCGCUGUUGCUCCGCCACAAUCACCGGUAGUACGUUCCGCUUCGGCCACCUCGACAUCAUCAUCGCAGGCUUCUCUGGUGGGUGAUGUGGCCCCGCCACAGGCACAUGCAGCUUCUGCCGGAGCAACAGCUCUUAUGCAUGUCGCUUCCACGGGGGGUAUACAUACUGUUGCUUCGGCUGUUAGCCAUUCAUCACAAUCUCCUACAGCUAUAUACGGUCAGCCUAUUACGGAUGCUCAGGUAGCCCAAGCACAUCUCAAUAAACAAGGACAUCGUCCCUUGGGUCGCACACAAUCAGCCCCAUUGCCAUUGGGACAUCCAAUGUUAACCGGAAGUGGACAGAUUAAUAUCGCGCAAACGCAUUAUGAAAAUAGUGAUGCUGAGCGUCAAGCUUACGAACAACAUUUGCUACUCACACAAAAAAUCCGACAAACUGUAUUAACCCGCAGCGGGGGUACAGCAGUCCGAGAUACUCAACUGAAAGAAGAGGACGCUGCUGAAGUUAUGGAUCUCACCGAUAAAAAGAAACCACCAAAGACGGUGCUAACUAGCACGAUACCUACCAGCACUUCACAAAAUUUACCUAACGCAACAGCGCCCACAUAUCCCGUGCCCCCGCCAGCUUGCAUCCCAAAGGGACCCAACAAGUUGAUGCGUGAUAAAGAGUAUUUGCAACAGCAACGGGAAUUGUUGUAUAUGCAAUCCUUGCAAAUGGAUGAUGCAGUAGCUAGAGGUCUAAUAAGACCUUUAUCGCGUACUCUCUCCUCACCUUUAGUACAUUUAGGACCGCAUGGCUUAAGUCAAAUACCUGACACUGGUCAAGCAACACAUGUUCCUCAUGCGGGACCGAUUGUAACAUCAUCUUCGGCUGAUCAUAUACCACCCGUAAACCUAACAUUACCACACGGUCGACAAUUGAUCGAUCUCUCAAUGGCGGCUCAUGGCACACAACGUUCAACCGGCGAUGCACUGGGUACAUUAGCCGGGCAUAAAAUAACUACCGGUCUAGCUUACGAUAAUCUCAUGCUCAAACAUGCCUGCAUUUGUGGCAACAAUGCCAUACAUCCUGAACAUAGUGGUCGCUUACAGAGCGUGUGGGCGCGUCUAAACGAAACUGAUUUAGCUAAGCGAUGUCAUCGUCUGCGAUCUCCUAAAGCCACGCUAGAGGAAAUACAAUCCGUGCACACGGAAGCCCACGCUAUGCUCUUUGGUUCCAAUCAAUGUCAGUUGGCAGCAAAUCGUCAAAAAUUCGAAAGUGUUGCACCCUCAGCAAGUUUUGUGCGCCUAUCUUGUGGUGGUGUAGGUGUAGAUUUGGAUACUACCUGGAAUGAACAUCAUACAGCGCUAGCAGCUCGUAUGGCAGCUGGUUGCGUCAUAGAUUUGGCCACUAAAACUGCUCGAGGGGAUUUGAAAAAUGGUUUUGCUGUAGUGCGGCCACCGGGUCAUCAUGCUGAAGCAAAUUUGGCAAUGGGCUUCUGCUUCUUCAAUUCUAUAGCUAUAGCAGCAAAAUUGUUAAGGCAACGUAUACCUGAAGUACGAAAAAUUUUAAUCAUAGAUUGGGACGUCCAUCAUGGUAAUGGAACUCAACAAGCUUUCUAUGAUAAUCCUGAUGUAUUAUAUCUUUCCAUACAUCGUCAUGAUGACGGUAACUUUUUUCCCGGUACUGGUGGACCCACUGAGUGCGGUUCCGGAGCUGGUUUGGGAUACAACGUAAACAUUUCCUGGUCGGGAGCUUUAAAUCCACCUCUCGGCGAUGCCGAAUAUAUUUCUGCAUUCCGCACCAUUGUGAUGCCUAUUGCUCGCUAUUUUAAUCCCGAUAUCGUUUUAGUAUCAGCUGGUUUUGAUGCUGCUGCCGGUCAUCCCGCUCCAUUGGGUGGUUACUUGGUAUCCCCGGCCUGUUUUGGUUUUAUGACUUGCGAACUUAUGCAGUUAGCCAACGGUAAAGUAGUGUUAGCUUUAGAGGGUGGCUACGAUUUACCUGCUAUUUGUGAUUCGGCACAGGAGUGCGUUCGAGCCUUAUUAGGAGAUCGUCUCUCGCCUUUGCAAGAAAAUGAAUUAAAUCGUCCACCAUGUCAAAAUGCCAUUGACACGCUGCAAAAAACCAUAGCCAUACAGUCUCAGCAUUGGCCUUGUGUACGUCGUUUAGCGCAUACUGUAGCGAUGUCUGCUUUAGAAGCUAUUAAAAUUGAACGUGAUGAGUCGGAAACUGUAACUGCAAUGGCUGGACUUUCUAUGCAGCCUUUAAAUAAAACGUUAUCUUGUGAUGAUACCGAAGAACCUAUGGAUCAAGAUGAAACCAAAUAAGGGUAACCAUAUUAAGGAAUUUAAGGAAUUUUUUUUGUGUCACCUUUGGCAUAAAUUAGAUGAAAAGUUUUUUGUCAUUAGCAAUUGCAAGGCUUUCUAGACAAAAGAAUUGUUUUUUUCAUCCUAAAAAAUAAUGUAACUUGGUGAAAUUUUUAAAAAAAAAUUGUUUUGCGGCAGUUGACCAUAACUUUUGCCAUACAGAGAAAGAAACGCCGGCGACGAGAGAAAUUACAAAUUUCUAAAAAUGCGUUUCUAAUUAUUCAAA